AUGAGAGCCUCCGCCGCUUCGUCGGCUAGUGAAGGGAUCAAUAGCUCGAGUGGUGAUGUUGACCCGAGAUUCAAACAAAGUAGACCCACCGGUUUGAUGAAUUCGCAGUCGCCGUCGAUGUUCACCGUACCGCCAGGGCUAAGUCCGGCGAUGUUGUUGGAUUCACCGAGCUUCUUGGGUCUUUUCUCUCCCGUUCAGGGUUCGUAUGGAAUGACGCAUCAGCAAGCUCUAGCUCAAGUGACUGCUCAAACAGUUCAAGCCAAUGCCAAUAUGAAACCGCAAACCGAGUACCCUCCUUCCUCUUAG